UUAGCAUAGAGAGUACAUCUUAUUAGCCUAGAGGAGUGGAAGAUGAAUUGAGCUAGCAAUCGAUAGGACAGACAUAUUGAAAAUGGAAUUAUACUGGGCUUGGGUGUGUGCUGCCACUUUGGCGACAUGUUAUGUUUUAAGGAGGUUGAAUGGGUGGUAUUAUGAUGUGAAGCUAAGAAAGAAACAGUACCCUCUGCCUCCUGGUGAUAUGGGAUGGCCUCUUAUUGGCAAUCUAAUUCCUUUCUACAAAGAUUUCUCAUCCGGUCGUCCUAAUUCUUUCAUCAACAAUCUUCUUCUCAAAUAUGGAGAAGGUGGUAUCUACAAGACUCACUUGUUUGGGAACCCAAGCAUAAUCGUGUGUGAGCCUGAGAUUUGUAUGAGAGUGCUGACAGAUGAUGUGAACUUUAGAGUUGGGUAUCCAACAACCAUCAAAGAGUUGAUACGAUUAAAACACAUCUCUCGUGCUGAACAUAAGCAAUACCGGCGUCUAGUCAAUACUCUUCCCAUCCUAGAUCACCAAGCGCUAGCAACACUUUACCUGGAACGCAUCGAGAACAUUGUGACUAAUUCGUUAGAAGAGUUGUCCAGCAUGAAACACCCCGUUGAGUUGUUGAAAGAGAUGAAGAAAGUAACCUUCAAAGUCUUCAUCCACAUUUUAAUGGGCUCUUCCAUUCACCACAUGAUCAUUGAAAACAUGGACACUUCUUUUGCUGAGUUGACUAAUGGGAUACUCUCUGCCCCUAUUAACGCACCUGGUUUUGUUUUCCACAAAGCACUCAAGGCACGUAAGAAGCUAGCAAAAAUACUUCAAUCUGUUGUGGAUGAAAGGAGGCUCAGAUCGAAAAAUGGUCAAGAGGGAAAAGAUAAAGUAUUUCUUGAUAAUCUUCUGGAAGCAAAGGAUGAGAAUGGUCGGAAACGGGACGACGAGUAUAUUGUUGACGUACUAAUAGCACAAUUAUUUGCUGGUCAUGAAACUUCUGCAACUGCUCUCAUGUGGACAAUUUUAUAUCUUACACAACACCCACACAUCUUGGAAAAAGCUAAGAAAGAGCAGGAAGAAAUCAUGAAGGCAAGAGUGUCGUCACAGGGUAGAUUAAAUCUUCAGGAAAUUAAGCAAAUGGUUUAUCUUUCUCAGGUAAUUGAUGAGACGUUGCGAUGUGCUAAUAUUGUGUUUACAACAUUUCGAGAGGCCAUUUCUGACGUAAAUAUUAAUGGUUAUGUCAUACCGAACGGAUGGAGGGUGUUAGUUUGGGCAAGGGCUGUUCAUAUGAAUCCAAAAUACUACCCAAAUCCCGAAGAAUUUAACCCAUCAAGAUGGGAUGAUUACCAUGGCAAAGCAGGAACUUUUUUACCUUUUGGAGCAGGGAGUAGGCUAUGUCCCGGAAAGGACUUAGCAAAACUUGAAAUUUCUGUAUUUCUUCAUUAUUUCCUACUUAACUACAAGUUGGAGCGAAUAAAUGCAGAAUGUCCUAUUACUUUCUUGCCAAUACUCAAGCCUGUGGACAACUGUCUUGCUAAGGUGAUAAAGGUUUCAUGAAAUUAGUUAGCUUGUGCUCAAGUUUCAAAAGGAAAAAUAAUAGAGUAAUAAGUUUGUAGGUGAGUUCAAAAAAAUAAGUUUGUAGGUACAUAAGUUUGCGGUUGGAUUCAAUAAAGAAACCAUAUUUCUCAUUCUCCAUUAUGCUUGUCUUGAUGGACAAAGACUCAUAUUGUAAUUUCCUCCCUCAAUUAUUUUGCUAUUAGUGUGUUAUUUUUCGAUCA